AUGACCAAUGUAAUCCUCAACCCUGUCAAAACCUUGAAGCCAUAUAAGACUAAAUGGCGAUCCCAAGUGAAAUUGUUACAUUCCUGGCGACAAAACACUUCAUUUGGUGGAGAGACUCUUCAAAUGGUUCUAACCGAUGAACAUGGUGAAAAGAUUCAUGCUACGUGCAAAAGGAAUCACAUUCAAAGUGUUCAGCGAACACUACCACUGGGGAAAUGGCGUGUUCUCACAACGUUUACCGUUUCCAAAGCAUCAGGCCAAUAUCGGCCAACCAUCCAUCCAUACAAGAUGACGAUCAGUGAUGAAACUGCCAUUACAAAUUCCGACAUAAUUGAAGAUGACAUCUUUCUAUCUCUUGCCAAAUACGAAGACAUCAUGGAUGGGACCUUAAAGACCCACUUUCUUAUUGAUGUCAUGGGGAAAAUUGUAAGCCUUGAACCAGUUCAAACCGUGCAAGUGAAAGGAGAAGACCGGAAGAAAGUUCAGUUUCGUUUGGUUGACUCAAGUGGUAAGGACAUUGCAUGUUGUUUGUGGGGAAAAUAUGCUGAGCAAUUGGAGACUUAUGUUGAACGUGAACAACCACUGAUCUGUUUGAUCAGAUUCGCCAAAAUAAGUUUCUAUAGAGGUGAGGUGAAAAUAACAAAUGCAUUUGAUGCGUCCAUUGUUUAUCUUGAUCCAACAAUGGAAGAGGCAUUAAAGUUCAAGGAAAAGCUGAUGGAAGACGAACUCCCUCUUUCUCUUAUUGAGAAGAGAAAUGGUAAGAAGGAGGUUGUUUUACAAGAAGAGGACUGGAAUGGUCUUGAGAUCAAGACGAUCUCUGAACUCUUUGUUGCAAAUCAGGUGGAGAACUGUAAAAUCAUUUAUUCAAUUGAAGCUAUUGACACUGAUUGGUCGUGGUUCUAUUUUGGGCAUAAAGGUUGCAAACAUCGUGCUAUUAAAAUUGGUAAAAUUGUUCCUUCAAGAUUUAAGCUUCAUUUGAUUGUGAGGGAUGACAUAGAAACAUGUAAGCUGAUGCUGCUUAACACUGUUGGUAUGACCAUUGUUGGACAUGAAGCUGUUGAUCUGUGGGAUGGCCCCUAUGAUGAGGUGCUCAUGCUGGAAGUUGCAAGCCAUAAUGAAUCAGAAGAAUGCAAAACACCUUUUCCAAAACGCAAAGAGGAAGAUGCUGAUCUCCCAGACAAAAUAUCAACUUCUAAAAAGUUGUGUCGAGCCUCAAUCAAAGUGGAAAAGGAAAACGAAGAGUAA